AUUAUGUAUUGGUCCAAAUACAAGUGACGAUUAUAAAAAAGGAACACAACUCAAAAUUAUCCAUUAUCUAUGGAACAUGAUUUUAUUCAUCUGGUUGGCGCCGCUGACUCCACAGUAGCGCAUCCUGUCAACCUAAUUUUCAAAAAUCUGAUCAUCCGUGCGGUGUGUUCUUUAAGGGAGGGGUCUAGGGUUUGAGCAUUUUUUUUAAUGAAUUUUUGAGACUUUGCUUUAGAGAUAUGAAUAGUGAAAAUGUAUUUAAACUUUUUGUACAUUAUAAAGCAUCAUUUCAACAAUAUUGUACUAAAUUUUUGUAAGAAAAUAUCGGGAAAUAAGCCGGUGAGGCAACUUUUCCGAAAACGCCUUUUCCAAAAGGUGAUUUGCGGUGACUAUCGUAUCUAGUUGUAGAAUCACCUGAAAUAAAAAAAACAGAAUUAUUUGGUUAAAUUAUCACCAAAACCUCCCCCCCACUGGCUCCUAUUUUUUUUUUUUAAUUUUUACGUUGCCAGCGCGUUUUUGAAGCAAAAAGAGCGAUUUUCACUGAUUUUUUCGCUGUAUAAGUGGAAACCGCCCUUAAUGUAAAACAAAAAAGUGAAAAAUCUCUCAGUGGGGGGGGAGGUAUUUUAUAUAUAGAAGUUGUAUACCAAAUUUGAAAAGGAUCGGUUAAAUAUUGUUGAAGUUCUAAUAGUCACGGACUUUGAAAAAGUGGUUUCGAGAAAAACGCGUAACGCUCCGCUCCAAACGCUCGCAGCUGUCGCAGAGGAGUGGGGACAAAAACGUCUAUAACUCCAAAAGUUUUGCUCCGAUUGAGCUGAAAUUUUGGGACAAUAUUUUUGAAAUGAUUUACUAUAAGAAAAAGCUAUUUCCAAAAAAUCGAUUUUUUGAAAGUCAAACCCUAGACCCCUCCCUUAAAGUUAGUACCUUCUGCUCAAAUAUGAACGAGACGUUAUCAAUAAAACGGUCCGCGGAUGACAUAUGGCAAAAAUAUAUUUUUGUUUUUUGGUAGGACUGUUAUAAGCUUACAUGGCAAAUUUCAGCGUGAUAUGUCACAUAGUUUGUUUUCUGUGCUACUGUAAACAAGUCAAGCUCGAGUGUGUUCUUCGAAUUCUCUUUUAUGACUUCAAUUGUCUGAAAAUGUUUUCCACGGAGCGGCAACUUGAGCUUGGGAAACAGGAAAAAGUCACAUGGAGCCAUAUCAGGCGAAUACGGUGCUUGCGGAACGAUAUUAACAUUAUUUUUGUUCAAAUAAUCGCGAACAAGACGUGAUGUGUAAGCUGGUGCAUUAUCGUGAUGCAAGAACCAUGACUUGUUGUCCCACAAUUCCUUCCUUUUAAGACGAAUGUUCUCGCGCAAACGCCUUAAAACGUCUAAAUAAUAUUCAGCUUGAACCGAUUUUGCGAUUUGUGCGAUUUUCAACCAUAAUUUUCUUUACUUUUCCGAUGUUUUCGUCGUUUACUGAUGUUGCUGGACGACGUUCAUGAGGCAAGUUUUCAACCGAUGUACGGCCCUCUUUGAACGAUUUGUACCACUGGAAAACACGUGCACGCGAUAGAGCAGAGUCCCCAUAGGUUGUCUGCAACAUUUUUAAGGCGUCUGAAGCCGAAAUUUUGUUGGACUUGUGUCGCUGGCACUUGCCAGAUACAUUUUGACUUUUAUUUUUGUUGGAAAAAUAGCCAUUAUUUACUGAUUCUUCUGAAAGAAGCAUAACAGUUACCGUCCUAGGUUAUUUCUGGAAAAAUAACAAUAUUUACUGACUCUUAUGAAAAAAGCAUAACAGUUACCGUCCUAGGUUAUUUCACACGCAACCGUUUUAUUAAACUUAUUGGCUACUAGUAGUUCUAAACAACUUACUCCAAUGUGUGUUACUUUUGGCCAAUGUGUGCCAUUGUUACCAGCAGCAGGCACUCCGAUCUGACCUACUCCAAAAAAAAAAUUAUAAAAAAUAUCAUUUAAUCAAAGUUUGAAUUGACAUUUCAGUCAGACAUUGGAAUAUUUAUACAAAAAGUUUCAUUUAGCAUUUUAUUUUUUAUAAUCUCUAUUUUCUGUAUUCCAAAAAAAAAUUGUAUUCGCGUUGUUUGAAAAAUUUUUUGUUUUUGUUUUUAGUUUAUAUUUGCAAAAUUUUUGUGUAUUCUCUCGAGUUAUUGAGAGUUCAUAUUAAACGAGGUAGCCGCUUAGCCCGUAGAAUUAGAAAACGAGAUUGAAAUUAUAAAAAAAAGUGUGCGCGAUGGAUCAUUUUAAUAUACCUAAGAAAGUGAACCGGCAUGUAUUGAAGGCAUUGGGUGUUUUGAGUGGCGGUUCUCGUCAUCAGGUCAUCAUCACUUCAAAUAUAAUAAACCAAGUCAAAUAUCAGAUGCGAAACUUAGUACCUGUGCCGAAUCUAGAGAGCGCUGUGCAAAAGUCAUUAAAGAACCUAAGCGAAGUUGGAUUGAUUGAGCGACUUGGCACGUAUAGGUAUGCUCUUGGACGUUGCGCUGCUGUCGUACCAAGCCCCAAUGCACAACCUAAUUCUAUAACUCCAGAUCGUCGAGUGUUUCGCGGCACUGAUCCACGGCGGUGCAGUCGAAGUACUUUGGACCCCAAUACGAAACGUGGGCGUGCUUGUACUGAUGAGGAAUCUCUUUCAGGUGAUGACAUCGACCGCACACGCAAGCGCAUGCGCACAAAUAAUAAAAAGGUGCGACACACCGGUCGUUGGGCAUACCUGCCACGUGUACGUCAACACAAACAUAACCGCUCAACCACUCAAAUGUCCCAUAUAAAUGCAUCUAUCGAUACACCUCUGAUUUUUCAAGACCUCUAUUCACUACAUCACCCACACACACAAUUGCAGGAAUGUUGUCCUUCCAGAGGCUACCAAUACCCACUUGGAAUGGACUUGGAUUUUAUGCUUGCUAAUGUGACACCCACACCAUCGCUGGAGAUAUCUGAAAUUACAUCUGUAAAAAACAUUGUGGAUGUUCGCAAAAUAGUCGAGACACCACCGUUACAAGAGCAGAAUGAGGAGAUGAAAGGCACAAAUGGAAGAAAUGAACUGCAAGAAAAUGAGGAAAGAGAUCUUCAAACACAGGACUUGUCGACGUCAGCUUCUGAUUACAAGACUGCAGCAUCCUCAAGCAAAACUACAAUUAAUCAAAAUCAAAUGUCAAAAUCGUGUGUGUCCAGACAGACAAUAAACACAUUUAAUACGGUUGCUGCUACUUCACGAAAGUCGUCUAUAUCUCAGUUGCCUGAUUACACGCAGUCUUAUAUAAAGUGAUAGUGUGUGAAUGUUUAACUGAAAAAAAAAACGAGUUCAACAUGUUAUUUGUCUAAAGCAACGACUAGUAGUUUCUAUUGAAAGAUAAUAUUUUAUAGAUAUUAAUAUUAAAUGAGUGGAAAAGCUUCAUUUGUUUAAAUAGAAUCAUGGAAUCAGCAUGAGAUUUUUAUUUUUGUAUUUGGACUGAAUUCCCAGUGUAGUUUCUUAAUACCGAAUAACAUAUGGGACUUUCCAACUCUAUCAUUUUCUAAAACUAUUUCAAUUAAAGGACAUGCUGGCUGUUCUGUUAUACAUAAGGUCUGUUCAUAUAAAUAUUAUCCAGUAACUUGCCAAUAACUUAAUUUCCGAAAAUCCACUCUCAAAGAGAAAAAUAUCAAGAAAGUAUAUGAACGCAAAAUCAGUAACAAUUUGAAAAUUUCACUAACAGCUUAUUGGCGGGAAAAAUCACAAAAAGUAAAAAAAAACUCAGUUGGGCUACCUCGUAUUAAAUUAAAAAAAAACAUCGCAUGAUUUCCUUUCGUCCACAAUAAUUGGUUCCAUUUCAUCAUCGCUGCCAGAUGAAGAACACACAUAUAUUGCCAAAUUAUCCAAGAAGUACAAGCAUAAACCACAGAAGAUACCUUCAUUGCUUUCGAUUUAUAUUUCGGAAACUGCAGUAACGGCGACUGGAGGCUGUGGUUCGUUGGCCGAUUUCUAUUUAAUAUAUGACUUCAAAUAAACUUUAUAAAGUUUGUCUAAAAUAUAAAUAUUUACUUACAUUCUCCAUUUUAAUCACCAUUUCCAUUUACAUUUAGAAAUUUUCUCACUUGCUUCGCAACUUCCCCUCAAAAUGAAAUGGGAUUUUGCUCUCUCAUUUUCCCCUAGUUUUUUUAAAACAUGAACAGACUAAAAACCACGCCGCCCAACGUUUAUAUGUUAAGACUAAAUAUCCAUCCGUCCCUUUGAUUUUACAAGCGAUAACUCUCAGUGUCUAUGAGUUAGUCCGAUUCCAAUAAUUAACAUCCAACCCAAAUUAGAUUUGAUUAAACAUGCGGGGGUAUAUAAAGUUCGGUCCUGACCGAAUUUGGCACUUUCUUACUUGUUUUAGUAAAUUUCGAACGACUCUUCACAAGUUCUUUAAUACUGAGUGUGUACCUCUUAGAGUUUAGAUUCAUCCAUCAAACUUUCAAAUAGCAAUACUUGGAAACAUACAUUUUUUUGGAAAAGAUACAAUAUGGACAAAUACUGCGUCCGGUCAAGAGCUCUGAAUAUUAAAUUAUUUUAGAUUUCUAUAUUUGACUUUAUUCACAGCUAUAUCCUUAUAUGUGAUUUCUGGCCUGGGUAUAACUGCGGGUGCACAUCGUC